AUGCCCGCCACCACCAACGACCACAUCCUCACGCUGUCAUGCCCUGACAAGCCGGGCAUCGUCCACGCUGUCACUGGCGUGUUCGCCCAGAAGGGCCACAACAUUCUCGACCUCCAGCAGUUUUCCGACCCCGUGUCCGAAAAAUUCUUCAUGCGCGUGCACUUUGGCCCUACGCCGACCCCCAGCACCGAGCACCUGAUGGAGCCCUUCAACAAGCUCGCGGCCGAGUACCAGAUGGAGUACAAGAUCCGGCCCGUCUCGCAGAAAACCCGCGUCUUGAUCAUGGUGUCCAAGAUCGGCCACUGCCUCAACGACCUCCUCUUCCGCGCCAAGACCGGCCAGCUCCCCAUCGACAUCCCCCUCAUCGUGUCCAACCACCCUACCUUUGAGCCGCUCGCCCAGUCCUACGGCAUCGAGUUCCACCACUUGCCUGUCACCAAGGAGACCAAGGCCCAGCAGGAGGGUCAGAUCUUGGAGUUGGCCAAGCAGCACGGUAUCGAGCUCAUCGUUCUCGCGCGCUACAUGCAGGUUCUCUCGCCAACCCUCUGCGAGGCCAUGUCUGGACGCAUCAUCAACAUCCACCACUCGUUCUUGCCGUCUUUCAAGGGCGCCAAGCCUUACCAUCAGGCGUACGACAGAGGUGUCAAGAUUAUUGGUGCCACUGCUCACUUUGUUACUGCGGAUCUGGAUGAGGGCCCCAUCAUCGAGCAGAGGGUUGCCAGAGUCGAUCACAGCAUGGGACCUAAUGUGUUGGUGGAUGAGGGCUCGAACGUGGAGAGCCAGGUGUUGGCGGCGGCAGUCAAGUGGUAUGCUGAGCAGAGGCUGUUCCUCAACAACGGCAAGACUGUUGUCUUCUCUUAG